AUGGGAGAGGGUUACUGGACACCCCCUAGUUAUGCAGAUCUCGCCCUAGUGACUCAUAGUAAGAAAGGGACCACCAAGGAUCCGACUCCCGUGGCUUCUCCAAAAAUUCAGGAGAAAGUGUUUAUUGAUGAAAACUAUGGCAUUUCUUCUCUCAACAGAAGCAGCUUUCCUCAUGGAUUUAUUUUUGGAGCAGCAUCUUCUUCUUAUCAGUAUGAAGGAGCAGCAAAUGAAGGAGGCAGAAAACCAAGUUUGUGGGAUACAUAUACUCACAAACAUCCAGAAAGAAUAGAUGACCACAGUACCGGAGAUGUUGCAAUCGAUUCUUAUCACAAAUAUAAAAUUGAUGUCCAAUAUUUGAAAGACAUGAACAUGGAUGCUUACAGAAUUUCAAUUGCAUGGCCUAGAAUAAUCCCAACCGGAAAGCUAAAGGAUGGUGUAAACAAAGAAGGCAUCCAAUAUUAUAACGAUCUAAUAAACGAGUUGCUGGCUCAAGGUAAAAUCCCGUUCGUGACUAUCUUCCAUUGGGAUAUUCCUCAACCCUUAGAAGAUGAGUAUAGCGGUUUCUUGAGUCCUCUCGUUGUGCGAGAUUUUGUAGACUACGUAGACAUUUGUUUUAAGGAAUUUGGAGAUCGAGUGAAGCAUUGGAUUACACUAAACGAGGCAUGGACAUUUGCUGUGAACGGUUACGCAGCUGGAAUUCUAGCUCCGGGUCGUUGCUCUCCUUUUGUCUCAAAUUGUACAGGUGGAAAUUCUGCAACAGAACCUUAUAUGGUGAUGCACAACCAACUUCUCGCCCAUGGGGCGGCGGUGAAACUUUACCGCGAUAAAUAUCAAGAAUACCAAAAGGGUACCAUUGGAAUUACAAAUGUAUGUCAUUGGUUCGAGCCACUCACCAAAUCAAAGCGAGAUCUUGAAGCCUCUGAGGUAGCUCUUGACUUCAUGUGUGGAUGGGUUAUGGAUCCAUUGGUUAAUGGUGAUUAUCCGAAAUCCAUGCGUCGUCUCGUUGGCUCAAGACUGCCCAGAUUCACUAAAGUACAAUCUGAUCUAGUGAAAGGAUCAUUCAAUUUUAUAGGACUCAAUUAUUACACAGCAAAUUAUGCAACUUUUUCAUCAAAGGUUAACAAUAAUGGUCUUCUAAGUUAUACAACAGAUGCUAGAGUGAAUCAAACUUGUAAGUAUAUCGUAUAUAUUUUUUUACUUCUUACUCACAUUCAUAAUAUCGAACAAACAUUUUAUGACACUGCUUCAGUAUGGCUCUAUGUUUAUCCAAAAGGAAUUCGGAAUAUUCUCCUCUACAUAAAAAAUAAAUAUAACAACCCACUUAUAUAUAUCACUGAAAAUGAGUUUUUGCGACCAAAACGAGCUGUUUUUACAGGAGUUGAUGAAUUCAACAAUGCGACAAUACCACUUAAGGAAGCCUUGCAAGAUGAACACAGGAUUACAUUCUACAAUAGCCAUUUCUUUUACCUCAAACAAGCAAUUGAAAAAGGUUCAAAUGUGAAAGGUUAUUUUGCGUGGUCUCUAAUGGACAAUUUUGAAUGGAACUCGGGAUAUACAGUUCGCUUUGGUAUUAAUUAUGUGGAUUACAAGGACAACAAUAAGAGAUAUCCCAAAAUUUCAUCCAAAUGGUUUACCAAGUUUUUGGCGAAAUAAUGAUACAAAUAAUAUGAUGUUUUGUUUUUAUUAAGAAUAAGAAGACAUGCAUGAUAUAGUCUUUUUUUUUUG